ACGCAUGCCCGGCUCCGCGCCGGCUCGCGCGUGUUCCUCUGUGCCCGGAGCGGCCGCACGGGGCUUCCGCUUCCGGGUGGGCCGGCGGGCGCCGAGACAGAACUGGCUGUGAGGCUGGAACUGCCGCGAGGCCGGAGCCGCCACAGGAAUCCCCCUUCCACCACGGGGAUCCCCUCUCUGCUGCGUCCCAUGUUCCCCAUGUGUAAGCCAUCUUGCUGGAGCCCACCAUGUCAGAUCUGAUCCUUAAUGUGCACUUUGGCCUCUCAGAGCCCUCCAAGAAGGGGACGGCUGGCAACCGAAAGCACAAGAACUUUCUGAAACGUCGCCGAUUACUGGAGAGGAAGGGUGUGCUGAAGCAAAAGCAGCUGCCGCCGGCCCAGCAGCAGGCAGGAAAAGGCUCUCAGAAGAAGUCGGGCUCCUGGGGCAGGAAUGCCAAGAAGCAGCAGGCUGCAGAUGUGGCCAGGAGGGACCAGACCAAAACGUGCCUCAAGGGAAAUAAUCCCCAGCCCAGCCCAGCUACACAGAACAAUUCCAUGAGCUCCAAAAGGACAUGUUUUCCCAAAGGAACGUGUGCCUCAGUUAAAGGAAAGAAAAGUGCCCCUCUCCUCCCUGCCGUGCCUAGCAAACUGGUGGCCAUUGACUGUGAGAUGGUGGGCACAGGGCCCGGCGGGCGCAUCAGCGACCUGGCCCGAUGCAGCAUCGUCGGCUACGACGGUGACGUCAUGUACGACCAGUACAUCCGCCCGGCCAACCCCAUCGUGGACUACCGCACCCGCUGGAGCGGCAUCCGGCGGCAUCACAUGGCGAAUGCCGUCCCGUUCGGCAAAGCCCAGCGAGAGAUCCUGAAAAUCCUCUCAGGGAAGAUUGUGGUUGGCCACGCCAUCUGCAACGACUUCAAGGCGCUCAAGUACUUCCACCCUCGAUCGCUCACCCGGGAUACGUCCAAAAUCCCCUUGCUGAACCGAAAGGGCGGCUUUCCUGAGAAUGUGUCGAUCUCCCUGAAGCGCCUCGCCAAGCAGCUGCUGAACAAAGACAUCCAGGUUGGCAAGAGCGGCCACUCCUCGGUGGAGGAUGCCAGGGCCACCAUGGAGCUGUACAAGGUGGUGGAAGCGGAGUGGGAGCAACACCUGAUGCUGAACCCGGAGCAGGAGUGACCAGCCGCAGCCUGGUGCCGGAGCCCCAAAGCUCUGGGCUCUCAGAGCCCAGAGCUCGCUGGAUGGAGCGAAAUAGCAAUGGAGCAAAGCAGCGUGGAGGGGGCGGUGUCUAGGCAAGGUGGCGCAGCUGGAAAGAUGGUAGGAUGGGGGCCGGAUCAUAGCUGGGAGGCAGCAGGACUGUCCCUUGUCCCUGCCAGUGCCCCAUGCCCCCAGCUACGCUGUGCUGCUUGCUCUCUAUUCCCACCCAAGACGUGGGGAGAGCUGCUACCUCUAGACUGGGGCCAUUCUGUGCCCCCAUGGGGGGUGUCUAGGGCCUCUUGCACCCACAGAACAGCUUGGUGCCAUCGAGGGGCCCUGAUAGCGUUGGGGUUCCCAAACCCAGCGCCGUGGCUGCUGCUGGGAAGGGCCUUUCCUGAGCGGUGCCACCUCGUUGCCAGUGCCGUGGGUGGCAGCGGGGAAGUGCGGCGCAGGCAGGAGAGGGGCCGGGGGCACGGCGUGGAUCCCCGCAGGGAAGCAGCCCCCUACCCUCUCCCCGCAGGGGGGUUCCUCGCCGGAUGGGGAGCUCUGCCCCUGCCACGAGCAGCAGAGAGGGGCCGUUGGCCAGGGUGUGACGUUGGGGCUGUGCCAGCUGGACUUGCUCUGGGCACGGAUUCUGUUGACUGCAGUGCAGUUACCGGGGCAUUUAGUGCCAGCGUGUGGCCCGGGGCAAAUCUCAUUUCUCCGCCGGUGCUGAGUGGGGAUGUUGCAAAACUACCUCGGUCAAGGACAAUAACUGCCAAACAGCUCUGAGCUGCGGCUGUGGCAGGGACACGGAAGCUGGCGUGGGAGUGGGCAGUGCCCAGAGAGCACAAAGCAGAUCCUGCCGUGGCAUUGGAAAGUCCCCGCUCUGGUUGCAGAGCAGGGUGGCUGCUGCCUGUCGGGAUUUGGAUUCUGCUUUCCGCUUUGCGCAAGUGCCGCUGCAACCUCGGAGCCCUGGGACGAGCCUGGGCGUGGGGGAUCAGCUCAGGCGUGGCGCCGAGGGGUGCUUUCUCCCGGCAGCCUGUGCCGAGGUGCCCAGCGUGCUCCAGGGACGUGGAAUCCUUCACAGAUGCCUCCGAACACCGACGUGCAAUUUGCUUUUUCAACUCUCGAACGUUCCUCUUGAACCGUCCGUCUCGGCCCGUGGUGGAGCUACUUUGAAGUAAAAUGUUUAUGUUCAAAACCCCCAUUAAAAACAAUGAUUAAUGA